GCGCCUGACGUGAAUGAAACCAUGAAUGAAAUGCGGGUGAUGUUCUAAGCUCUCAAAGCGUAAUGAAUGUUGUUAGUUAGUGCGGUGCUGGUGAGCCUUCCGCUCCAGAAUUCGCUCAUUUGCAUUUGAGGACUGUGUUCCGGGCAGGUUGCCUGACUAGCUAGCGACGGAAAGAGGUCAGGUGACUCGCAGGCCGGAGAAUGAACCAUUGAACGGAUUGACAUCUGGGAUUUGAACGCGUCAGUCUAUGCAUUGCCGCCGUGCCUUAGAUGUAGUAACAUUCAUCGUAGUGACCAGUGGACCGUAACCAAUCUGUGCUUCCCAUACUUCACGCCGACGCGAUGGCCGAAUUUCAAGCGAAAGACUUCGGGCUAAGCUUUCAGAAGAAAGUACUCGGCCGCGUAAGCAGCAAGAGUGUCGCCAAAGCUUUCAUUGACGACACCUCAGCCAGUCUUUUGGAUAACUUGUACAAACUCGUCAAGAGCGUCACAGGCAGCAAGAAAGACGCAGAAAAAGUUACCAAGAACAUUAUAAAAAUUGUUGUGAAGGUUGGCAUCUUGCAUCGGAACAACCAAUUCUCAGCCGAAGAAAUGAAGGUGGCCAAGCAGCUACAGCACAAGAUGCGCGCUCUUGCCAUGGCGGUGGUGAGCUUUUAUGAGAUGGAGUUUUCGUACGACCGAAGAUACCUUGUGGGCGCCUUUGACGAGACUCGCGCCCUGCUUUCUGACCUUGUGCGAUCCCACUUGACAGGCAAGUCACUGGGUCGGAUUGACUACGUUUUCGGCUUCUUUGGGAAACCAGAGACUCUCGACUCCGUGUUUGCGAGUGACAGCGUUCACCGAGAGUGCCUUGGAAGGAUUGUCAAGGACCUGCACGAAGCUUUGGAUAAGGAGAGUCUCUGAGGGAUAAGGUUGGCCUGGUUGUGGAAAAAAAAUUCACGGGCACCUUGCAUGCUGAAACAUUACCUGGUGAAAACGGUUGUGCGUACUCGGCAUGUUGUAAGUUAUGCACCAAGAAAUGUAGUCACUCUAUGCAAAACUAGAGGAAAGUAAGCAUUAUAAUGAGGCUAACUAUGCUUGCUCACAAAGGAUUUUAUAUUACCAAGAUUCUGUGUGCACUUACAGGGUCAGGCAGGGUUUAGUCUGUGAAAGCACUUGGCUGCUAAGGAGCCAAAAGAAUGUGUGUGCCUUGAACAAAAAGAUCAGCAUGUGUUGGUCCUCUUCUAUUGCUUUCUUUUGCCUGGCGAGGUGCCUUCAUGUUUACAGACUCCUGUGCGUCUAUCUACACAGUGUUCAAAGUGGGCUUCAGCGAUUGAAACUUGGCUUGCAGUGCUGAACUUUUCUGGUGGUUUCAGAUCUUAUAUGCAUGCUUAUUGCUUUAACGGUGUCUGUGUGCAAGAUGGUGAUGUGCUUAAACACAGCGAGGCUGAACAAGUGUUGGUCUGGUCAUGGAUACUAGGCUGUCAAAGGAAGGUACGACCCUGCCAGAGAUCUGUAACUGGUCAGUGAAGACUCAGCAUUGCUAACGGCCAACGAUUGUGCGAAAAAAAUGGCCUUCUGCUUGUCAGUCAUUUAGAGGGAAGCUAGAGCCAGACAACCUUUGUGACAAUUCUCAUUGCCUUUGUGACUUGAGUUGCACAAAUGCCUGCUAGUGCAUGAUUCAGUCACCAGUGCAAAGGAUACAAGAUGAGCCCAACAGAGAUAGAAAGAUUGUUCAAAAAUAUCACACUAUGCCCAAUUUUUGUAGCCGCAGUGAGGGUUGAUCUAUUUGCAUUUAGACACAAACGUUACUCAGCAGAACCGAACCAGAACUGGUUAUAAAGAAUUUAAAGCACUCUAAGACUUCCGGUUGUAUUUUCCAAGGUUUAGAAAGUCCUGAAUCUUUGUUUAAAAAGAAAAAAGUUUAGUAAAAAUACCUCGGUACAUUUAAACUUAAGCUCCUCGUAGGACCAUGGGGAGCUCUUGGCCAAGUGAGGUGCAAAUAUGUGAAGGUGCCAUUUCUGUACAUGCUGCUCAUCUGAUAGUCAAGACAGUGUUAUUACAAUGGUUAAGUUCAAAUGAAUUUUCAUUGCCAUGCAUUUAUUGAAAGGACCAAACUGGCUAGUUGGAAGCACUUGGAGAAGUCUUCCAGUGAGUGCAACUUAAUGUAAUGCUUAAUGAACAUACAGUAAGGCCAAACCAUGCUAUUGCCUUUGACGUGAUGCGCUAUUUCUACAGCUUUGUUAAUGGUGGUGUGUGGCCUUAUGCUAUGAAACUUUAAACAUGUGCACGAAUUUGUGUGAGCAAUUUUUACUCCUACUUACUCUUUCGUACAUUGUUAUUACUUCAUGCUGCUGUAUUUCCUCACAGCCUUUUGUUUAUGAAUACAGCUGCUCAAGUCACUGUUGCAGUUUAAAAAACAAUUUUUUUUUGAGAUGCCAUGGUAUACACAGCUGCCUUUCUUUUUAUGGCGAAUGCUUUGAUCUUGCUCCACUACUUGUGAGCUGAUUCGUAGCAACAUUCCAUUGUCUCUUACAUGGAUUUAUGUUAUUCGUGCAUGUGUACACUGUGUCUCUGGUUUGGAAUGUGUUGAAAAUUCCUCAUAAGAACAAAUUUAUUUACUGUGAAUGCUGUUACUCGUGGCGGAAGCCAAUAUUGCCUGGGUACUUGUCUACCGAAGUGAUCUCUUGGUUACUUAUUGCACAGGCUAGUUAUCCACUCAGCCUGUCCAUGCCAACAUAAUUUCAAUGUGUGUCAGUGUAGUUGCAUUUCAACAGUGUCACGGUUGCUAGUUGCUCAGUGAAAACUCUCACAAUGUCAGGCACAUUUGAAGCAGAAUGUGCCAUUUAAGGGAGCAAAAAAAAAAACUGUGCUUGCUCAAGAACCAAUGAUCCAUGGAGCUACGUAACAAUGAAAACUCAUGCUGUACUGGUGUGAAUGGUCUCUUGAGAAUCUACCAGUUUUUCCUCAUUUCUCGAAGGCAGCCAUCAAAGAAUUACUAGCUCAAUUAACUUCCAAAGAGCAUUGGAUAUUAAAAAUAAGUUAAUACUAUAUUUUUUUAAUGCAUGUUUAUCGGUGUUCUGACUACACAUCCUUUUUUUCUCCAGCACUGCCUACUCACCACCUUUCAGUUUUUUUGUUUUUUUUUUUCCCAGUCUGAACCUUUUACCUUUGUUCUUUCUGUUUACACCUUUAUUAUAUUGUUAUUGACAAGUCUGCUUAAGACUUUAUUCUAGUCUAAAGCGCAUUUUUACAGGUUUACCACUGGAACUAAAUGUUAUACUCAUAAUAAUGCCUUUUUCUUUAAAUGUCUUUUUUUCAUGUUGUGCAUGUUGCUGGCACUUUAUUCAUUAUAACACUUGUUUAAGUACUCUGGAAGAAGCAGUCAUUCAGUAGUGUGUCAUGGGAAAUGUGUGCAGCAAUAUAUAUUUCUAACAUACAAGACCUUUAGUGACACAUUCAGAUAGCCAGGAAGUGCCAUAAACUACUGUAAGUGUUUUGUCUUCAUAGAAUCUAUGCAAUAGUGAAUUGUGUUUUCUUUGCUCCUAUAUGUUCUCUUCACCCAUGAGACAAGUUGCAUAUUUUUUCAAAAGGUGUGGCACCUACUUCGAAACGCAAGUAGGUGUGAUCAAAGAGAAGCAUGGGUGUGUAUACUUGUCUGACAUUUUCACAUCUUGCAUACAGUGAAAUGCUCCAAUGUCAAAAGGUGCCUUUCAUCUCCAUAAACAGGUUGGUUUUAAACACAUUCCAAAGUUUUUUUUCUCCUAAUUCAAUCUUUACAUAUCAAAAUUGUGCUCAGUGAUCGUGAAGACAUAUGAUAGAUCAAGCUAAAGUGCUGUAUUAGUUCUCUGACAUUACCAAAGCAUCAUUUCUAUCCAUAAAUAGAGCUUUUGUGGCAACAUAGAGAGAUGACAUAUCAAACAGCUACUCCAGUGCCUUUCAGAAACUGGUCUGCUAGACCUAAUAUUUGCCUUCAGUGCCUCUUUAAGGUGCAUUGAAUCUGAACUCGUGUUGUUUAUAAGAAACGGGCUGUAUGUUCAGACACAUGCUCUAUUAUAUCUGCACCUUUAGCAUAAAGACUUUACCUGUCGUCCUACGAAAGCUGUAUUAUUUAUCACCUAUGCUACUAAGUUGCUGUGAAAUGGAUCAACUUACAAGCUAUAAGAUGAAAAUGACAAUCCUGGUUGCCUAUGAACUUAAAUGUGCACUAUGUUGCCAACUUUUAAACCUGUUCAUGACGAGAUCUCUUCCUGACUUUUACAUGCAUCUUCUCAAGCCCAGUUUCAAAGGCUCAUUUUCUUUUCGUAUAUUAGUAACAGAGAAUAAAUAAUUUUGAAACCUUGG